AUGCUACAUUUACCAAUGAUCGAUUUGAAUUAAAUUCCAAAAUUGAAAGACAACGAUAAAAAUGAAGCUACUUUUGAUUUUAGAAAAUUUAAGGUUAAUAAAAUUACAAAUAUGAGUCGUUCCCUUUAAAUUAAGUUAAAUGUAGUUAAUAAAGAUUCUAAUACCAAAAAUUAAGUAGCUUUUGGAUCUUCAUAAGAAAGAAGUAAGGCUUCAGGAAAAAUAUUCCCACCACUAUAAUAUGAUUUAAAUUUUAAAUCUGUUGAUAGACAUUAGGCUUCUCCAAAGCUAAGAACAAUCAGAAGCACUAGAAUAAAAUCUGAAAUCUCUUAGUAAUAUUGUGAACGAUUUCCUUAUCCUUAUCCUUGUACUAAAACUGAAACUAUUGAAUAAAAAAAUUAACCAUCAAAAAUAAAUUGUCUGUAGAAAUUGAUGAAAAAAGUUAAAACUCCUAAAAUUGAAAUCCAAUUAAACUCAAUGAAAUAAGAGGAAUUCAUGCCAAUGAGUUCGAAAGAACUUAAAGAAAGCUUAAUACUUUUAAUGUAAAGCAUUUAUAUAUUAAAGGAAUAAGUAUGGUAUUAGACAAACUGAAAUAAGCAAGUGA